AUGGGGCAGAAAGUCACAUACCCAGAUUUUGCCAAUGAUGCAAAAGAGAAGUGUCAUUGGGAGAAAGAAAGAACUGUAUUAGCUAAAUCGGAGAAAAACUGCAGAACGCUGCAACAUACUUGUUGGUACUUGUCCACAAAGCACAAAGCUAGCGCGGUACUGAAAGGGGUAAAUAAGGAAUUCAGUGAGGUAGAAGAGGAAAGGGGUGUUGAGAUGGAUUUAAAUAAAUCAUUGAAAUAUGAUGUCGAGGACUUUCGCAGAAAGAAAGAGAUUACAACAAAAGGAACAGACUGUCCAAAACCAGUGUUCCAGUUUCACCAAGCAAAUUUCCCUUCUUAUGUGAUGGAUGUUCUGUGUUCACUGAAUUUUGUGGAGCCGACACCAAUCCAGUGCCAGGGUUUUCCAGUGGCACUUAGUGGGCGUGACAUGGUCGGAAUUGCACAGACUGGAUCUGGUAAAACUCUGGCUUACUUACUGCCAGCCAUUGUGCACAUCAACCACCAGCCAUUCCUGGAGCGUGGCGACGGUCCCAUUUGCUUGGUAUUGGCACCAACUCGAGAGCUAGCACAACAGGUUCAGUUGGUUGCAGAAGACUAUGGGAAAUCUUCACGUAUAAAGAGCACUUGUAUUUAUGGAGGCGCGCCUAAAGGCCCUCAGAUCCGGGACCUAGAAAGAGGAGUAGAAGUCUGUAUUGCGACCCCAGGCCGUUUAAUUGACUUUCUGGAAGCUGGGAAGACGAAUCUGCGUCGCUGUACCUACCUGGUCCUGGAUGAAGCUGACCGCAUGUUGGAUAUGGGGUUCGAACCUCAGAUCCGGAAGAUUGUGGAGCAGAUCCGACCGGACCGACAAACGCUGAUGUGGAGUGCCACUUGGCCUAAAGAGGUGCGGCAGCUAGCAGAGGACUUCCUACGUGAUUAUAUCCAGAUCAAUGUUGGAGCCCUCGAGCUGAGUGCCAACCACAACAUUCUCCAAAUUGUUGACGUGUGUCAGGAGACUGAGAAAGACCUGAAAUUGCUACAUCUGAUGGAGGAAAUCAUGGCAGAGAAAGAAAAUAAGACCAUUAUCUUUGUAGAGACCAAACGUCGCUGUGACGAUCUGACUCGGAGGAUGCGGAGAGAUGGGUGGCCGGCAAUGUGCAUUCAUGGAGAUAAAAGUCAGCCUGAGAGAGACUGGGUCCUAAAUGAAUUCCGAUCCGGAAAGGCACCCAUCCUUAUUGCAACUGAUGUUGCAUCUCGCGGUCUAGAUGUGGAAGACAUCAAAUUUGUCAUCAAUUACGACUAUCCCAAUUCCUCAGAGGACUAUGUUCAUCGCAUUGGCCGUACAGCACGCAGUACUAAUAAAGGCACGGCCUACACCUUCUUCACACCAGGCAACGUGAAACAAGCUAGGGAGCUGAUCAAAGUGCUGGAAGAGGCCAAUCAAGCCAUUAACCCAAAACUCUUACAACUUGUUGAUCAUGGGAGAGGAAGCGGAAGAGGAGGCCGCUCUCGUUACCGGCCCACUGGCUCCAACCCCAACACCAUGUACAGAGACGAUCGAGACAGAGGCCGCAGCCGGUCUUUUAGAGACCUCGAUGGGGACCGCAGAGACAGGGGAGAUGGGGGAAGGUUCGGGAGUCAGAGAGAUACCCGAGACAGUGGUGGUCCUUUGAGUAAGCAGAGUUUCCGAUCUCAACAGGCCAACAGUUUUGGGAGCCCUGUGUACAGUCAACAGUCAGUCCAAUAUCCAAAUUUUACCCAAAGUGGGCUAUAUGGGGGGACUAACCAAAGCACAUAUGGGGCUGUAACUCAAGCAGGAUUUGGGAAAGCAGGUAACUUCCAAAGUUCAAGUGCAGGGAGCAGUUACAGUACUUCUAGUUAUGGCAGUGCUGCGCAAGGCACGGCUUAUGGUUCGAGUACUUAUAGUGUUUCAUCCUCUGCCACUGCAGGGCGACCUCCACAGUCCUCCACGCAAUUCAGGCAGAAUGGGAUGGGGCAGCAGCCACAGCCACUGAUGUCUCAAACAUAUCAACAGAGCAACUCACUGUUGGGUUACAUGUCCCAGGGGACCUAUCAGUAUGCACCACCUCCCCCGCCACCACCUACAUCACAGGGAUCAAGCCGAAAAUAAAUUUCUUUUUGUAAAAUUUCCACUUUAUUUCCCCAUUUAUAAGACCUAGGCAUCGGCUCCAUUUUCUAAAGAAGAGUAAAGUUUAAAGAAGAUGAGUAAAUAAUCCAAUUGCAUUCACCUUGACUUCAUUACUAUAAUAGUGUGCGGGGCAAGAAGCAAACUUUUUGAUGCUGAUCCCACAUGAUCAAACAUGGGCCAUUGUGUCAAUGUUACUACUGACACCUACCUUAAAUCUUGCUGAAGUGUAGGUUGUGUGUUAAUGCUUGCAAAUCAUGGCCCAGUUCACCUGUUGAUCACUUAGUAAAAUGGAAGCAUCUAUUGGUCAGUGCUUGAACCUUGAUCCCUGCUUAUCUCCGAGGUGAGUGUUUUGAAUCUUGCAGUGCCCUAGGUUCAACCACUCUCCAGAAUGUUUUUUAAAACCAGUUUGUUCCAUGUUCAAGUGUAUCCUUUAAAAGGUAGGUUUUGUGUCUGAAGUUCUUGUAGUGUAAUUUUACCAGGACGCCUACCAAUUCUAUAAUUUGGCUAUAAACUGAAGCUAAAAAUUCAGACUGCCCUUUUCACUGUCAUAGCAAGUUUACAGUACAAGUUAGGUUACUGAUUGUAAUGUGACAAAAGAAAUAGUUAAGUCAAAUGUUCAGUUUUUGAAGGUAUAUAUACAAACCAUCAAAACUCUCUUCUACUUAAUGCCACUUUUAUUUUGAGUCUCUUCCAGUUUUAUUUGCUUAUAAACUCACGAUAAAAGCUACUCUUAAGACAUUUGUGAAAUAAUAAUUCAUAAAAGCCUUUUGGAUUCUCUCUGUAACUGCCCUAAAUACUGAGCACACGCUGCACUAACAUCUCCUUGACUGCAAGAUUGUCAGAUUGAUUUGCUUUUGAGAAUUCUGAUCAUUAUGGGACAGUCUGAUGAAUUGGCUAUUGGCUGAAAAGUUUUAAUAUGGUUCUCAGCUCACAUACUUGAAUAGUGCUGCCUUUGGCUACCAGCUUGGGUGUUGAAGGCUGUGCACGUUCAAAUGUGGGGUCACAAUGGGUGUUAUUGGGUACUUAAUAUACUCAUGAAGUGCAAUCUAAAUGAAAUGAACAUAUAUUUGGAACAGCCCAUAACAUUGAGAAAUAAGAACAGCUUCUCAGUAAAAGAGAUUCCAAAACAGUGACAGUGAAUUGUCUCUUUCUACUUGCAUCUUUUUAGCCCCCAUCUCUUGGGUUUUCACAAAGCUUGCUUCAGUUGCCUAUACGAAGUGAAUAGUCAUGUCCUGUGGUGCAAGCAAUGAGGUCUGGUUUCUGUCAGUAGUUUAACCUAGAUUUUAAAAUAGAAUUGAUUUCUGAUGGUUUAAAAUUAACAGGUGAAAAUAUUGAACUGUUACUCAACUACUUUCUUGUAGUCACAAACUUGUUACUCUACUAUCUAAGAGGACUAUUGCUGAACAGUAAAAAGGGGAGCUAUCCUUCACCAGCUGCCAAUACACAGAACAACAGAUGACAGGAAGUUGCAGCAUUGUUGGGUGUGAUCUGAUGCUUUAGGUUAUUGUUCAUGAGCAUAUUUUCCAUAUGUGGUAGCAGUGGAUUCUUCCUGUUCUGUUGAUUGGGGUUUUUUAAACCAAUUUCACUGUUGUUUAAUGAUUGGCCAGUUUGCAUACUGCUUAGUAUUCAUGACAGUAGCAGGUUUUCUUUCAAAUAUUUGAGUGCUGGAUUAUCAUUAAAGGUAGGUGUUUCAUAAAUGAGCCCCUUAAACAUAAAAGUCCAUUUUCUUUGAGGCAUUGUACAGAAUAUGUAGCUGAUCAUUUUAAUUUCUCAAACCAUUUUUUAUUUGAGGUUCAGUUAGUAGGAUUGUAACAGCUUUCAGAUCGUGUGGUAAAGCUUCAAGAGUGCUUUCUUAGGUUUUCCUCAGGUCCAAAUGUUGUGUCAUAACAAAACACAUUGUGAAUGAGAUACAAACAUUUUGGAGCUUCAGUAUAAAUUUGAGACCAACCAAACUGUUUGUCCUAAAAGGGGGAAGUCUUUGUGGUUACUAUCACCUGUAAUGCUAUGUUCUGUAGCCAUGUUGUUUGAUGUAAUUUGAAUGACCUGUACCAUCUCUCAAGUGCUUGCUUUGUUAUGCACUUGAUUAGUAACGUCAUUCCUGUCAAUAAAACUUGAACUCUC